GACAGGUGAUGGCAAGGUCACUACGCGUGCGCAGCCGUUCACCUUCCGCCAUAUUGGAUUCGGAGCCAGGCGCAAGAUGCAGUCUUGGUGUCGUCUGUCGUCUCAAGUAGCCAGAGUGCUGAGAGUGUCUGGUGUUCACCAGAGGGGACCGGCCAUUACUGUAGCAGGGUGCAGGCACUACUCUGAUGCAGCAGAGGCAGACCUGGUGGUUAUAGGCUCAGGUCCAGGCGGCUAUGUCGCAGCCAUUAAAGCUGCCCAGUUGGGCAUGAAGACUGUCUGUGUAGAAAAGAAUGCUACACUGGGUGGCACCUGUCUCAAUGUAGGCUGUAUACCAUCUAAGGCCUUGCUGAACAACUCCCACCUGUAUCACAUGGCUCAUGGCAAGGACUUUGCAAGCAGGGGAAUUGAAUUUGAUGGUAUAAGGUUGAACCUGGAGCAGAUGAUGUCCCAGAAGUCCACAGCUGUGAAGGCUCUGACAGGGGGAAUAGCACAUCUCUUCAAACAGAACAAGGUUACACAUAUGGCUGGUCAUGGAAAAAUCACUGGUCAGAACGAGGUCACUGUCCUGAAGGCCGACGGAGGUCAAGAUGUGGUCAAGACUAAGAACAUCAUGAUAGCCACAGGGUCCGAAGUCACUCCCUUCCCUGGAAUUGAAAUUGAUGAAGAGGCAAUUGUGUCCUCCACCGGUGCCCUGAGCCUCAAGUCUGUCCCAGAGAGGAUGAUCCAGAUCGGUGCUGGUGUCAUCGGUGUCGAGCUGGGUUCUGUGUGGAGUCGGUUAGGGUCAAAGGUGACUGCUGUUGAGUUCCUUGGUCAUGUUGGAGGGAUGGGCAUUGACAUGGAGAUCUCAAAGGGCUUCCAGAGAAUCUUGAAGAAACAAGGCAUGGAUUUCAAGCUUAACACCAAGGUCGUUAGUGCCAGCAAGAGAGAUGACGGUGUCGUAGAAGUCAAAGUUGAAGCCGUAAAGGGAGGCAAAGAAGAAAUACUUGAGUGUGAUGUACUGUUGGUGUGUAUAGGCAGGAGGCCCUACACAACUAACCUGGGGCUGGAGGAUGUUGGCAUCCAGCUUGAUGACAGAGGUAGAGUUCCUGUCAACUCCAGAUUUCAGUCAUCUGUACCCAGCAUUUUUGCCAUUGGAGACUGUAUUGCUGGACCUAUGCUGGCCCACAAGGCAGAGGACGAAGGCAUCAUCUGUGUAGAGGGAAUAGCAGGAGGUGCUGUCCACAUUGACUACAACUGUGUCCCCUCUGUCAUCUACACUCACCCGGAGGUGGCCUGGGUAGGCAAGAGUGAGGAGAUGCUCAAGGAAGAGGGAGUUCCUUACAAGGUUGGGAAGUUCCCGUUUGCAGCCAAUAGCAGGGCUAAGUGUAACGCUGACACUGAUGGCAUGGUGAAGAUCCUGUCCCACCAGGAGACAGACAGGAUGCUGGGGGCACACAUCAUGGGCCCCGGGGCAGGGGAGAUGAUCAACGAGGCCGCCCUGGCCAUGGAGUACGGAGCUUCGUGUGAGGACGUCGCUAGAGUCUGUCACGCACAUCCGACGUGCUCCGAGGCCUUCAGAGAAGCCAACAUGGCGGCCUACGCUGGGAAGCCCAUCAACUUUUAAAUGUAUUUUUGCGCACACUGGAAACAAAUAUGAGAAUACUGUAAAUUGCUAGUUACAGUCUAUUUACUGUGUAUUUUAGGUGCAUGUACAUGACUUUAGGUGCAGACCAAUGGGAUGUUUAUCAUUUGUAAGUGAUCUAGGGAGACAUGUAUUACUGGUGUUGUGACAUAUGUAAUUAUAGGACAUGUUCUAGGAAUUACAGACAUUUAGGAUUACACAAAACAGAACCACUGUUACAACAUUGUCUCUGUGUAGUCAUACAAACUAUUAUGUUUGGAAGUAUGGCACAAGUUUUGGAAUUUUUGGAUGUUUUCCCCAGCCUUGAUUGUAAUGGUACAUGCAUAUGGAGAAAUAAAGUUAGUCUAUGAUUGUACAAUUA